AUGUUCCCCUCCCAGGCGGCUAAUUUCAACAUUGAGGCCCUGAGUGGCAUCUGUGGCUCUAUUUCCAUCGCCUGCUGGGUCGUUGUUUUUUCUCCUCAAAUUAUUGAGAAUUUCCGCCGCGGCUCCGCCGAUGGCCUGUCACUACUUUUCCUCAUCGUCUGGUUGGCCGGCGAUGUGUUUAACAUCCUCGGCGCCGUCAUGCAAGGUGUGCUGCCUACUAUGAUUAUUCUUGCCGUGUAUUACACACUUGCCGACAUAGUAUUGCUGGGACAGUGCUUUUACUACCGAGGUUUCAGCCUCAAGGAUGAGCUCUCUUCCUCGCCCACACCGGAGCUCCUACACUCCGAUGCCGAACAAGGCGGCAACGGGAGCCAACAGGAGCCAACAGAACAAUCAAGCCUGAUCCCCAAGUCCAACGGCAGCAACAACGGUCAUACUCAGGUUCAAGGCCAUGGAAGUGCGUCUCAGGACACCCGAGACGGGCGCCCUGUGUCAGCUGGGAGAAGAGCCUCCGCAACAUCUUACCAUGACAUAUUCGAGACUUCGGCCCAUCUAUCCCCCGCCACGCCGUUCAUUGAGCCGUCCUCUGACUCAGCGCAGUUACGCGCCCAGCGAGCCCAUCGUCGCCGCAUCUCCGCCCUUCAGUCCAUUCUGUUCAACCUGACGGCCGUAGCUCUUGUAUGCGCUGCGGGUGUACUAGGCUGGUAUGUCAGUCCAGCUGCGAAGUCUUCCUCCCCGGACCCAGAGCCCAUCACCCUGGAUCUUUUCGGUCAAGUGUUUGGGUACUUCUGUGCGGUGCUGUAUCUGGGAUCCCGCCUGCCUCAGCUGCUGUUGAAUUACCGACGCAAAUCAACUGAUGGAGUCUCGUUGUUGUUCUUCCUAUUCGCCUGCAUUGGAAACUUGACUUAUGUGUUGUCCAUCUUGGCCUACUCCCCUGUUUGCUCCAGUGGAUCACCAGAGGAAAUCAUGGGACAUCACCGUCAUCAUGCGAAGUGCCGCCCUGGUGAGGCGGCUGCGCUGUAUGGUCAAUAUGUGUUGGUAAACCUGUCAUGGUUGGUUGGCAGUGCCGGCACACUCCUGUUGGACAUGGCCAUUUUCACACAGUUCUUCCUGUAUCGCGAUCCAAAGGCUGGUGAGGAUGACGAAGAGUAA